UGGUGUUGACCUCAGCGGGGUGGCUCGUAGCGCUUUCCUUUAGAGCUGGAGCAGACCCUGGAAGGGACCCAGCCAUGGAGCUGCGAGAAGAGGCCUGGUCUCCAGGGCCUCUGGAUUCCGAGGACCAGCAGAUGGCCAGCCACGAGAACCCAGGUGAGGUGGUCCCUGGCUCCAGCCGGCCCACACCCUCCUGGCCCCCGGCCAGGCUGUCCCCGCCCCAGACCGCGCCCCCGGCCGGCCCCCCGCCCCGGCCGCGGCCGCCUGCGCCCUACAUCUGCAACGAGUGCGGGAAGAGCUUCAGCCACUGGUCCAAGCUGACGCGGCACCAGCGCACGCACACGGGCGAGCGGCCCAACGCUUGCGGCGACUGCGGCAAGACCUUCUCGCAGAGCUCGCACCUGGUGCAGCACCGGCGCAUCCACACGGGCGAGAAACCCUACGCGUGCUCUGAGUGCGGCAAGCGCUUCAGCUGGAGCUCCAACCUCAUGCAGCACCAGCGCAUCCACACCGGCGAGAAGCCCUAUGCCUGCCCCGACUGCGGCCGCAGCUUCACGCAGAGCAAGAGCCUGGCCAAGCACCGGCGCUCGCACAGCGGCCUCAAGCCCUUCGUGUGCCCACGCUGCGGCCGCGGCUUCAGCCAACCCAAGAGCCUGGCGCGCCACCUCUACGUGUGUCUGGAGUGCGGGAAGGGCUUCGGGCACGGCGCCGGGCUCUUGGCGCACCAGCGGGCGCAGCACGGGGACGGGCUCGGGGCGGCGGGCGGCGAGGAGCCCGCGCACAUCUGCGUGGAGUGUGGCGAGGGCUUCGUGCAGGGCGCGGCGCUCCGGAGACACAAGCGCGUGCACGCCGUGGGCGCGCCGUCGGUCUGCAGCGGCUGCGGACAGAGCUACUACCGCGCGGGCGGCGAGGAGGACCCGGAGGACCAGGCGGCCGGCGAGCUGUGCGCUGAGUGCCGUGGCGGGGACGGCCGGUAGGGGCGGGCAGCCCGGGGGCG